AUGGAUCGCCGUACUCCUUAUACUUUGAGCGUUCUUGCGCCCAGUACCAAUGGUGCUGAGGAAUCCCGCACGACUAUCCAGAGCCGACUGCGCGACUUCGUGCUGGAAUUCCAACUGGAUAAUGCUUUUAUCUACCGAGACCAAUUACGACAAAAUGUACUGGUGAAGCAAUAUUAUUGCGACAUCGAUAUCGCCCAUCUAAUUUCCUACAACGAGGAGUUGGCCCACAAACUGACCACGGAGCCUGCCGAUAUCAUCCCUCUCUUCGAACUAGCGUUGCAGCAAUGCACGCAGCGAAUUGUCUACCCAGGCCAGCGCGACAUCACACUUCCCUCCCACCAGCUCCUUCUCCACUCCUCGGCAUCGCACAUCUCCAUCCGCGACCUGAAUGCAACCAAUAUCUCUCACCUUGUGCGUAUUCCCGGAAUUGUCAUUGGAGCGUCUACGAUCUCGUCCAAGGCGACCACUGUCCACAUCCGCUGCAAGAACUGCGAUCAUAGCGAGAAUAUCCACGUCGAAGGUGGCUUUUCUGGUUUGUCACUGCCAAGACGCUGUGGCCGGCCGAAAGAUCCUGGCGAUCAACCUGGCGAACAAUGUCCCCUGGAUCCUUAUCAGGUUCACCACGAAAAAUGCCAAUUUGUGGACCAGCAAGUGCUCAAGCUGCAAGAGGCCCCCGAUCAGGUCCCCGUCGGUGAACUGCCACGACAUGUUCUCAUUUCGGCAGACCGAUAUCUGGCCAACCGAGUUGUUCCUGGUUCGCACUGUACUGUCAUGGGAAUCUUCUCCAUCUAUCAAGCUAAGGGCGGCAAGAAGGAGGCCGCGGUAGCCAUCCGCAAUCCCUAUCUCCGGGCGGUUGGGCUUAACACGGACUUGGAUCAAACAGCCAAAGGUAACGCCAUUUUUUCGGAAGAAGAAGAGCAGGAAUUCUUGGAGCUUAGCCGCAGACCCGACUUGUACGACGCCAUCGCCAGAAGCAUUGCCCCGUCCAUCUAUGGCAACAUCGAUAUCAAGAAGGCCAUUGUAUGUCUGCUGAUGGGCGGCUCAAAGAAGAUCCUGCCUGAUGGAAUGAAGCUUCGUGGCGAUAUCAACGUGCUCAUGCUGGGUGACCCUGGUACAGCCAAGUCUCAAUUAUUGAAGUUUGUUGAAAAGGCAGCACCUAUUGCAAUCUACACUUCUGGAAAGGGAUCUUCAGCAGCUGGUUUAACUGCCUCUGUCCAGCGUGACCAUGCCACGCGCGAAUUCUACCUGGAAGGUGGUGCAAUGGUACUUGCAGACGGCGGUGUCGUGUGUAUCGAUGAGUUCGACAAAAUGAGAGACGAGGACCGGGUGGCCAUUCACGAAGCCAUGGAGCAACAAACCAUUUCGAUCGCCAAGGCCGGUAUCACGACAAUUCUGAACUCUCGCACGUCGGUCCUGGCCGCGGCCAACCCGAUCUUUGGCCGUUACGACGACCUCCGGACCCCGGGUGAGAACAUCGACUUCCAAACCACGAUCCUGUCCCGUUUCGAUAUGAUCUUCAUUGUUCGGGACGACCACGAGCGCAGCCGUGAUGAAAAUAUUGCCCGCCACGUUAUGGGCGUCCACAUGGGCGGCCGAGGUGUGGAGGAACAGGUCGAGGCCGAGAUCCCAGUCGAUCAGAUGAAGCGCUAUAUCAGCUACUGCCGAAGUCGCUGCGCGCCUCGUCUCUCCCCCGAAGCCGCUGAGAAGCUCUCAUCCCACUUCGUCUCGAUCCGAAAGCAGGUGCACCGCGCCGAACUCGAAGCCAAUGUGAGAUCUUCAAUCCCCAUCACCGUGCGUCAGCUCGAGGCCAUCGUCCGUAUUACGGAGUCGCUCGCCAAACUCUCGCUCUCGCCCAUCGCCACCGAAGCUCACGUAGACGAGGCCAUCCGGCUGUUCCUUGCAUCCACAAUGGAUGCCGUCACCCAGGGCGAAGGCCAGGGAAGUAAGGAGCUCAUGGAGGAGUCAAGCAAGAUUGAAGACGAACUCAAGCGCCGUCUACCCAUUGGCUGGAGCACCAGCUUGGCCACUUUGCGCCGCGAGUUUGUCGAGGGACGGGGGUACACCGAGCAAGCGCUCAACCGGGCCUUGGUGGUCAUGCAGCGCAGAGAUACGGUGCAGAUCCGCUCUGGUGGCUCGCAGGUCUACCGGAAUGGGGCUUAA